AUGUUGUUGAUCCGACUACUGGCUGUCUUCCUCACCCUCAUCACCAACACGUGGCUGCUCGGCCCGGUUCGCUCGGACGCACUGAGCCGGUCCAAACGCUCCCUGGCGCUGCGGGCGGACCGCGAGCUUCCCUCGCUAGCAGGUGAACCGUGCACGGCCGCGGGCAUGUGGAGGUCCCGGCGGCAGCCCCGCUCCCCCCUCCCGUCCCAACAGCGCCCUCCAGCGGCCCGUCCGAGGACGAGCACCAGCGGGACGCGAGAGCCGUACAGUGUCAGGAGCGCGCCCGCGGUGUGUGCGGGAGGAUGCAGGGGGGACGCCGGGGUGCUCCACCGGGUCGAGGAGAAGGCAGGCUGGGGCGAGGCGGAGGGUGUGACGGUGGGAGCGAGGGACGGACAUGGUGACAGCAGAGAGCCACGCCAUGUCAGCCGAGACGCCGCGCAACGAGCCGGGAACUCUGUGCGUAAAGACGCCAGGCACAGCGCCUCCUCCGCGGGAAACGCGCAGCCUCCAGACGGCUCCAUCUCCAGAGUCACCCGCAGCCUCGGCGGGACGGUUCAUUACGAUGAGGAGGGAAACUCCAGCUGGGAGAAAGUGUCCCCGACAGACUCCGGGGGACUCCGGGUGCUCCACGGACUGCAGCGGGUCGACGGAGAGCUGCACUCCGCGACCCCGGGCACCGCGGAGGACAGCACCGAGGACUACUCCGGAGAGGUGGAGGAGGCGGACCCGCCGGCGAGCCUGCCCGUCAGCAGCCCCUCUCCGUGGGGGAGCCCGGUGCCCAGGGGACCCCCCUCGUGGAUGACGGCCCUGUACUUCAGCGGGCGGCGGGAGCAGCUGCAGGUGAAGUCGGCGGCGAGGGUGGAGCUGCCGAGGGACAAGUUCACCCUCGAGCUGUGGGUGAAGCCCGAGGGAGGGCAGAGCAACCCCGCGGUCAUAGCAGGUGUGUUUGACAACUGUUCCCAUUCGCUGAGUGAGAAGGGCUGGUCGGUAGGUAUACGCACUGUGGAACCCGCCGGCACCAAAGACGCAAGGUUCUACUUCACACUGCGGACAGACCGAGCGGUGAAAUCUACCACCAUCUUUAGUCACCAGCGAUACCGUGCCAGUGCCUGGACUCACCUAAUGGCCUCUUACAAUGGCCACAACAUGACCCUGUAUGUAGAUGGAGCUAAGGUGGGAGAAAGCAACCUCCAGUCUGGGAAUCUUUACAGCCCCUUCAUGAGGACCUGCAGAACCCUUUUCCUUGGCAGCAACCAAUCAGAUCAGGGCCACAGCUUCAGGGGCCAUAUUGGGGGAGUGGCUUUGUGGGGCUAUGCCCGCUCUCAGCAGGACCUACUCAAGCAGCCACUUCAGGCAGACAAGAGCGAGCCGGUCCUGGCAAUGUGGGCUGACUUCACUAAUGUGGAACAGUUAUGGAGCCCAUAUAAAGCUGGCCUCCAUCCGAUCGUUAUCACCACUCCCGUCCCCGAACAAGAACUUGUCUCCUCGUUCCUGCCCCCCCCCUGCGGCCUGACACCCUGCGACAACAUCGACAUCAUCGUUGGCUACAAUAACCACUGGCAGCUCCGUGCCCCAAAGCGAGUUCGCUACCGGAUUGUCAACCUGUCCAAUGACGACGGCGGAAACCCCACGGUGACGGAAGCCCAGAUCCAGCUCCAACACCGGGCUCUGACUGAGGCCUUUCGCCCCUACAACAUCACUCUGGAUCAGAGUGUACACACCGUCAGAAACUCCAGCCUUAAACAGAAGUUCAUCCUCAGCAACUGUCGCAUUGGAAAGAUCGGUAAUCGCCAAUGUGACCCUGAGUGCGACCAUCCAAGGACAGGCCAUGAUGGAGGGGACUGCCUCCGACUGGGGCCAUGCUACAACUGGAAGAAGCAGGAUGGGGUUUGCAACAUGGAGUGCAACAGUAUACACUAUGACUACGAUGAUGGAGACUGCUGUGACCCGGAGGUCACAGACGUCCUCAAGACCUGCUUCGAUCCCGAGUCCCCUGACAGGGCCUAUAUGAGUGUGAAAGAACUAAAGGAGGAGCUUCUCCUGAGCGGAACCGACACACUCAAUGUUUUCUUUGCCAGCAACUCAGUCCGUGAAGAACUGGCCGGAGCUGCAACCUGGCCGUGGGCAAAGGAGGCUCUAACCCACCAAGGUGGGAUGGUGCUGAACCCGUCUUACUUCGGCACUGUGGGCCACCACAACACCAUGAUCCACGAGAUGGGACACAUCUUCGGCCUGUAUCACGUUUUCAAAGGGGUGAGCGAGCGGGACUCCUGUGAUGACCCAUGUCAGGAGACCACCCCGUCCAUGGAGACUGGAGAUCUGUGUGCGGACACUGCCCCAACGCCCAAAUCCAAAGCCUGCCACGAUCCUGGAGCUGUUAACGAUACCUGCGGAGUCACAACGUACCAGGACACACCUUACAGCAACUACAUGAGCUACACAGAUGACAACUGCACGAACCAUUUCACUCCCAACCAAGUGGCCAGGAUGCACUGUUAUCUUGACUUGGUUUACCAGAAGUGGCUGUUGGAUCGUCAGCCUGCCCCGAUCCCUCUGGCCCCCAUAGUGGCCGACCAGAGCUCAGAUUCUGUCUCGCUCUAUUGGCUGCCACCUAUCAGGGGACCACUUUAUCAAAGCUCCUCUUUCCGCAAGUCUGUUAUCAACUGCGGAGACUGUGAGAAAGAUGGCGACUUCCACCAGUACGCCUACGAGGCCUCGUCACCUCGUAUCUGUGACACAUCCGGCUACUGGACACCCGAGGAGGCAGUUGGUCCACCUGAUGUGGAGCAGCCCUGUGAUCUAAGUCUCCAGGCGUGGAGUCCUGAGCUCAGCCUCUAUGACACCAACGUGACGUCCCCUUGCCCCGACACGGAGGGCUGCACCCUAACACUGCGAUUCCUCCACCCCGCUGUUCCACACACACUCACCCUCUGGGUCACCUACGUCUCCUCCAGCAACCCAGCCAUAGCCAACAUUGAGCUGAUAACCGAUAUGGGGAACAGCAUCAACCUUGGACCACAGCAUGUCUUCUGUGAUAUGCCCCUGACCUUGCGCCUUAACACCUACAAUGCUGCCAUCAGCGCCAUAAAACUCUGUACCUUUGACGAGAAGAUGGAGAUCGAUGCCGCCAUGUUGUCCUCGGGCCCCGGCAGCCCUCUGUGCUCUGGCUGCCUGCCUCUGCUGUACUGGAUUCAGCGGCAGCCGCCGUUCACCGGCAAAUCCCCACCACCUCAGACUCAGCAGACAUUCACUGACAGGACUGUGCAGCAAGGAGUCAAGUACCAGUACACAAUCCAGGUGGAAGCAGAAGGUCUUCUCAGCGAUACCUCCCCACCUCUCCUGUACACUCAUGGGCAGUCCUACUGUGGAGACGGCCUCAUACAGGGGACAGAAGAGUGUGAUGACAGUAAUCUCCUGGAUGGGGAUGGCUGCUCUAAGAAAUGUCACAAGGAGAUGGGCUUCAAAUGUAAUGGUGAACCCAGUCAGUGUUAUGUGUUUGAUGGUGACGGGGUUUGUGAGGACUUUGAGCGGGGCUCCAGUGUUCAGGACUGUGGUUACUUCACACCCCUGGGCUACACGGACCAAUGGGCCUCCACCGCUACUGCCUCUCACCAGGACCCCAACCGCUGUCCUGCCCACGCUGCUACCGGGGAGCCAUCACUUAACAAGCUCUGCAGGUAUCAGCACCUGGAGAUGAGUGAGACACUAUCCACAGACGCCUGGUUCCCUUGCACAGCCCAGUCGGGCACAAAUAAUAACCUGGAACAUUCAUUUUGGCUGAAGGUGGGAUUUGACCAUCCUGGAGUGGCAGCCUCUGUCAUGGUGUACGUAGCAUCAGACGGGUCAUUGUCUGUGGACCAGUGCCGGAGGACAGCAACCAUCUUACUCUCUGAUACUACUGGCAAAAACCACUCACUAGGGACACAUAACCUCUCAUGUCAUCGGAACCCAUUAGUGGUGAAUGUGACCCAUGACCUCUCGCGACCCUUCUUCCUCACGGCCUCCGUUAUCCUCCUCUUCUCCUCCCCCUCGGUGGCAGUGGGAGGCGUGGCUUUGAGGACCUCCUGUCACUUCAGCACCUUCGCCCUGACCGGCUGUUUGCGGCGGCCAUGUCAGGUGGACAGCUGCAGCCCGCCUCACUUAGAGCACGCCUCUGUCAGGUGUACAGGAGGAGGAGAGGCCUCUCACUGCUCUGCUCAGUGUCACCGUGGCUUCAGUAUCACCGUCCUCAACGGUAGGGGAAGCCCACCCCAUCAGCGAAAGACAGAGCUGGAGUGUUUCCAUGGUUCCUGGGAUCGUGUAGUGAGCUGUCAGCCUGUAGACUGUGGGCUGCCCGAUCAGUCUCACGUAUACCACGCCAUAUUCAGCUGCGCCUGGGGAACCACCUUUGGCAAACAAUGCUCCUUCACCUGCGGAUCACCAUCCAUACUACAAGGUGACAGUGACAGGCUGGUGUGUUUGGAGGACGGACUGUGGUCUUUCCCAGAGGCCUACUGCAAGAUCGAGUGUCCUGAGGUCCCAAACAUACCCAAUUCCAAGCUGCUAACAGCCGACUGUCAGACCUCAGGUCAUGACGUUGGCUCCGUCUGCCGUUACAAAUGUAAUCCAGGCUUCUAUGUAACAGGGAGCCUCCAAAAGAAGACUCAGAGGAAGUACUUCAAGUUGGAGUGUCAUAAGGGAGGUCAGUGGGAGGAAACCAGUUGUGAGCCAAUAUCCUGCCCAGCCCUACCUGACGUAUUCCAGGGCAUGUACACCUGCACCAAUAGCCUGUUCUAUGACACCCUCUGCACCCUGCAGUGCCCGGACUCAACAGAAAAUAUUGAGAUUCGCUGCACAAAGGACGGUGAGUGGACAGCUGAGUUCACCAUGUGCUCCAGGCUCCAGGGAUCCUGCGCCCCUCCUCCCCAUCUCAACUCUGUGGAGUACAGCUGUGACCAGGGGAUGGAUGUUGGUGCCGUGUGCUACGGAACAUGUAUUAUGGCUCUGGACAUGGAUCUGCGUGACCCAGUGGUUUUGCCCAAUGGCACUACAGCUGACUCACUAAAGCACUGGAUGCUGCCCAGCAGAGUCCAGAGCAUUGUCUGUACAGGGAUGAUGAAGUGGUACCCUGACCCUCAACACAUCCAUUGCAUCCUGUCAUGUGAGCCUUUUGGAGGGGACGGCUGGUGCGACACCACCAACAACCGGGCCUACUGCCAGUACGACGGGGGGGACUGCUGCCCGUCCACUCUCUCAACUAGAAAGGUCAUUCAGUUUGGGGCGGACUGCAAUCAGGAUGACUGCACUUGCCGUGAUCUGAACGCCGAGGAGAAUAAGAGCAAAGCCAAGAAGUCGGGAGGAGGAGGAGGAGACGGACCUGGAGGAGGAAUGCAGUGA